AUGCUGAUGGACGAGUCGCCUAUGAACUGUCUCUCCUCGUCCAAGGAGACACUGGAUUACGAUGGUCUGUUUAACUGGACCAUGACCUAUCGAAUGAACAGCGACGUGCCCAUUCCGUAUGGUAGAACGAUAAGGAAAGCGUCGAGUCUUCAGUCGUCACUCUGGGAAGUCAACUUGAUGGAUUCCAAGACCAAGCUGCUCGCUGUAAUGAUCAGCCAUUGCGGUGGCAGGAACCAACGGAUGGACUAUAUAAAGGCGCUCAAGCCAUUGCUGCGGGAUCACUUGGAUAUAAUCGGCGGCUGUAUAAGUGGCAAUAGUACCAUCUGUCCUCGUCACUUCCACAAGGACUGCUCCGUCUUGAGCUCGUACAAAUUCUACCUGUCAUUUGAGAACUCCGACUGCCGGGAGUACAUGACGGAAAAGGUGUUUUGGAACGCGUUUCACAAGCACGCGGUCCCGAUAAUAAUGGGAGCUCCAUUAGAGGACUGCCGACGAUUGUUACCGCCAGGCUCCUACCUCCACCGCAUCCAAGCACUACUGUCGCAUCUGCGAGGCCCUGAAUUAUAA